GCCUUCGUUCGUUGCCCAUCGCCGAAUAGGAGAGGACUGAUCGGAAUGGCGUCGCCGGCAUCGUCAUCGCGCAGCGCUGCAGCACGGGUUCUGCAACGGCAGACAGGUGCGCGCGCCUUCUCAACUUCUGCACAAACAUGUGCAGAGCCUUCCUCGUCGUCGACGUCUUCACCAUCUCGCGGGAGGAAGCCUCGACCUCAGCGAGCUAAUGUGCUCCCCCCUUAUCCGGAAUGGGUCAGCGGGCAAGGCAAGGCGUAUGAGUCUGCACCAGUGGGAAGAGGGCCAUUUUGGAUUGGGUCGACUCCAUUCCCCCUCAAUCCUACAUUCAACCCGCCGCCUCCGCUGUCCCAAGCGGUGCGCGAUCAGAUGUGGUCAUUGCACUCUCAGAACCCCAGCGCAAACUCGGUGCGCGUCCUCAGCGGUCGCUUUGGCGUUCAGAUGGAGCGAGUGACGGCAGUCUUGCGUCUCAAGGCGCUGGAACAUGAAUUUGUGAAGAAGGGCAAGCCGCUCCAAACGCCAUUUCAGAAACAGAUGGAGAGGCUGCUUGGGUCCGCGCAGGAUGCUCGAUCGAUCAUGAAGGAGGCUGAUACGGCUCCUUCGAGCAAGGGCGCCAACUUCCGUGGACCGAUUCGAGAGGAGGUUCCAAUGAGCGCCCAGUCAGAGGACACGCCCUCUUCAAUCGCACCAGCACUGGCGAAAGAGGCAACAGAAAGAAAGGAAAGGAUGCGAACGAUUCCCACAGGUGGACCAGCCACCAAAGGACCGGCACCAUCCAAGGCUGUCGUCGAGACGGUGGAUCAAUCUCGCCGCACGAGGCCCUCCCUGUCGGUGACUGAUCUUUCGAGUCGGCCAAGCUCCUACCAAGGGGCGGGUACCGCGACGCCUGCGAGCCAAGGCAAAAGGUUUCACUUCAUGAAUGCCAUCGUCUUUUUGAUCAUCCUUCGUAGUUGUCUGAAGCAGAUGGCGGGUCCUUGGAGACAGUGAAAGGGCGAGCCACAGAAGCUGAGGAUCGCCUACCUCCAUCGCUCUAAGAUGUUCACGAG